CUUUUUGCUCAGUCCGGUGCGAGGUUGCUUGGGACCGUGUUCUAUGUGGGAAUUGUCAGGAUAGUCACGGUAUAGUUCCUACUCCUUUAACAGCAGCCUUGGGUUAAAAAAAUGAGUGUUCGUGCGAUUUGGUUGCUGGGGCUCGAAAAGGGAACAACAUCUGUGAAACUGUCGAGACGAUAUCCAACUGUUGAAAAAAGAGCCCAAAAUUUCAAUGGGAAAAGCUAUACAGAGCUACCAGAAGACAAGAUCUUCCUCAAUGCACUGUUAACAGAGCUUGAUAUGACUGAACUGGAUAAGAACUUUGUGGAGCACAGAGAUAGUUGUUGCAGAAUAAACAGGACAUCUGUUUAUGAAAUUGCAAUAGGAGACGGUGUUCUUUGGCCUGUCCUUGUAAUGACGCAAAAUGCUAUCCUCUAUGCUUGUCUACCUUUAGUCGAACAGUCUUUGACUCCCCGCCCGCCAUUAAUUUCUCUACGUGGAAUAUCUCCUGCAUUUGCUCUACUAUCAGGGUUAAUGACCUUUUUAAACAUGACACAAAGAAGUGAACCAGAAAUUACUAAUAAAAUGACACAGAUCUCUGCAAUGUUAAUGCACGCUUGUCCGUUCGGGACUCCAACAGAUACUGACUUUGGAUUGAUGCAGACCCUGUCUGGCAGCUUUGUACCUCAGAAUCCAAUAUCUUCAGUGCAGGCACAAAAACAACCAGCUUGGAAGCCUGGUAUAUACAAAGGAAAGCCACAAGUUAAUGUCUGUGUCACUGAACAGAUUAGAUCUAUGCAAUAUGGCAAGAAUGACGUCAUUGAUGUAUGGCAGGAGUAUGGAACUGUAACAUGUAAGUGCGAUCUAGAAGGAAUACUGCCCACUGUUACAGUAAGCCUGAAUCUACCAAUCAAUGGCUCUCCUCUACAGGAUAUUCUUGUGCAUCCAUGUGUCAGUGCUGUUGAUUCCACUAUCCUUACAUUUAACAGUGUUGAUGAUGUGGACGAUUCAUUGUUUAAUGGACCAUAUAAAUUCCCUUUCACACCACCAUUAGAUGUAUUUAAACUCUGCUACUACACGUCCCAGGUCAGAAUAUAUUGUUUUUAUUGAAAUUCAAUCAAAAAG